ACUGUUAGGGCGGGGAUACAAGCAUCUCGUCAUUAUAUCCAGUAUCUCUGGUACCGUAUUGCAAAGAACAGAGCGCAUACCUUUUUAUUUAGCCACACCAUUUGCACUAUGACCCUAACCAAUAACAUCCUUUCCCUACAGGAAACAAUGACCAAGAACAAUUUCCACGUUAGCGUUUUUAUUGUUGCAAUUUUUACGUGUAUUAGCACCAAGUUAAUUAAAAGUACUACUAAUUUAACUGCACAGCAUCACAUAUUUACCCCAUGUAGUCUUUAAUUCGCGUUGGAGACAGUACUUGGUUGAUUGACGUUAUCUAGGCAACGCUAGCUGCUAACGGUAACUAACAAUGGCUAACUGUAUGGUUUUUCACACUCAAAUAGCCUCCAUCAUGGAGGUACUAGCGAAUUCAGCCGUGGCAGAGAUCAGUAAACUCGUAGACGACGACUAUGCAGUGUUUCGUUUGGAAAUAACGCAAAGCCAGAAAGAAAACAGGACAUUGAGGAGGAAACUACAGCUACUGGAACUGAAGGUAGCACGGGAGCGCGCAGAGAGGACAAUGCGAGAGCGAUACAGAGGAAUGGCAAGAGGUGAAGGACAUCUCACUGGAGGCCACAGGAAUGUUGUAAAGCCAGCGGGACACAACGGGUGGAGAAAUGACCAACCCAUAUCUAUAGAUGAGGGGAGUGGAACCUCAACCCAGCAUGUUAUCGUGAUAGAGUCUGUAGAUGCAGAGGCUGCAGGUCCUGGGGUCAAGCAGGAGAGGUCUGAAGGAGAGGACCCACGGCACAGCAGAGACAUCCAGACUGGAGCAGCGGCUGGAGUGGUGCCCCCUGUAGCCACAGAGGACCUGGCCGCCGUGCCCCAGGCUAGGACCCGUUGCAGCAUCCCGGAGGUCAGUGGAAUGCUCAACGCCGCCUUCAAGUCAGAGACGGACGCCGAGACUUUAACUGUAACACACCGGCUCUUACACACAGGGUCUGACCACAGAUCAGACCACAGAUCAGACCCAGAGAGACUGGUGCUGGGGCCACUUGUCUGUCCUCCUGCUCCUGGCUCAGAUUACUUACCAGUAUUUCAUCAGAGCCAGAGGACGGUUCAUUCCCGUGGAGAUGGUGACGUGUUAGACACUGGGGUUGAUGAUCUGUCUUGUUCUUAUGAUACAGAGAUGGACCCUGGCAACAUAUCCUUAGGUUUAGAGACCCAGACUGAUCUGUCUAGAGGGGACUGGAACCGGUACAGUAGUAGUGUAUACUCCGAAGGGUGCCUAGAUAAGAAAGGGGAGGUUAUAGUGGUAGAUGAAGUGACUGUGAAAGUAGAGGGCGAUGCUCCUCCCACAUGGAAUGCAGAUAGUCACCUAGGAGACGGACACUCACAGGGCAGAGAUUUCUUAGAUUACAGGGGAAGCUUAGAGACAAAUCUAAAUGUCACAACCAAUUCUCCUUUACACGCGUUCAGGGAUCGCAAUCCAGUGUCCACGUCGAUGGGGCCUUCAGAUUCACACGGCCGUGUCCAUUUCGAUCAGGUAUUGAACUCAAACAACAGGGCUAGAGCCCAGGCUCAGGGAGGGGGAGCCACAUCAGGCAAUAGUAAAGAGAAACGAUUCUUCUGCAUGUUCUGUAACAAAGGCUUCAGGUGCCUCCAGAAGGUGGAGAUCCACCAGAGGGUCCACACAGGGGAGAACCCCUUCAGUUGUACCCAGUGUGAGAAGAGGUUCUCCCGCCAGGACCACCUGAAGAGGCACCAGAUGGUCCACACAGGGGAGAAACCGUUUAGCUGCCCCCAGUGCGAGAAGAGGUUCUCCCGCCAGGACCAGCUGAAGAUGCACCUGAAGGUCCACACGGGAGAAAGGCCGUUUGUCUGUACACACUGCGGGAAGAGGUUCUCAGAGAGGAGCUACCUCAGGAUACACCAGCAGAAAAUGCACACGGCCCUUGUAUAGUGACAUGUAAUCAGGAUGAAAGUAAGGCGGUCCUGACGGCGUCCCAGCAAAAUAAAUAGUGGGGUUACGCCGUACCGGUAAAACAUGAGCCUAUCACAAUAAUUAAAACAAAAUGUUAAAAAAAACUGGAGGCUAUUAUACCUUUAUUUUUCAUUUAGGCUACCGCAUAUCAGAGGCAUGAACAAUUUGCGAAUGGACUUGAAAACGAGUGGUAUAACUUAUUCUCCAAAAUGCAAUGUGGGUCGACGAGGGCACUGACAUUUUUCUAAGGCAGAGAUGAAUGGCUGACACAGAGACGCGUGGACAGCAGUAUAAAUUCUGACCUAAUGAAAAUCUUCAAAAUGUCAUUACACGUUGUGGUGGUUUGUGUGACAGAUGUCUCUUUCCAUUUCCAUGUUUGGAGGCUGGAAAUACAGUGUCUUCAGAAAUGAUUCAUAUCCCUUGACUUAUUCCACAUUUUGUUGUGUUACA